GCUCCAUUCCAGUAAUCCCAACCUCCCCUAGAUUCAUUGGGAAUGCGUUGCUAGCGUCACCCAACUACCAAGGGGCAGGAUUGUCAAGAAUCUGGAUUUGUUGGAUCUAUAUACCCUGAACAACACUGCAAAGGGUUUGUUGCUACUUCAGAGGGUCCCCUCUGUCUGUGUCUAACUUCUCAGAAAGCAUGGUGUUGCUGUAGAGGAGAGGACCACCACCUUAGGAUCUGUAGACAGGGACUCGGCCAGUUGAUCACCAUGCCUUGUAUCAGUUCCAGCUCAAAGCCUAACUGUAGGCCCGUCUGGCUCUUUUUUGCUCUCCUGGGCCUCUCGGCUAUGCACACUCAUGCCAAAGAGGACCUUACUGUACCCGAGCAGGUUAGCCUGUCAGCCAACAUGUCUACGAAGCAACUCUCUAUAUCCUGGCUGGGAGGAACAGCCACAACCUUUGACCUCAUGAUUCUACGAACUGAAUUCAAUGAAACUGUCUUCUAUGAGACUGUGUCUGUGACAGUGAAUCAGGUAAGUGGUCGGCACCAGUGGAACUGGACCUCAGUUGAACCUCUGGAGUGUACAUCGCUGUCGAUCAAAAUCCGCUCAAGAGAUGGACAGACAACAAGUGAAUGGAGCAGCACUCAGAUACUUCAAGGAAGUGAUCUCCCCAGCAAUGAUAAAUUCCAGAUGUACCCACAGGACAAAGUUGUACCUGUGGGUGCCAACACCACCUUCUGUUGCAUUGUGGAAGAGGGGAAGGUCUUUGGUAACAUCCAACAAAGCAACACAGUCAUGAACACGAUGCAACUGAGUAGGCGAAGUUAUGCCACUACAGUGUAUAAUCAGGAACCAUCCGUCAGAACAGGAACCAACAUCCUCUGUUACGACUACCCGAAGACACAGCUGACUGGAGCUGUGGUGUUUGUUGGAUAUCCACCACUGCCCAGUGAUUUGAUGUGUGAGACUCAUGACUUAAUCUCAGCUGUGUGCCAGUGGAACGAAGGACGGGACACCCACUUGUAUGGCAAACGAAGAACACUCUACUCCCUGAACAAGAGGAUCUGUCCGCAGACGCAGAGGGAAAGAAAGUGUAUAAUGGACCAGUGGGAUGGUAACUGGACACUGGUAGCUCAAAAUCCUCUCGGCCAGUACAGCCUCACCUACUCUGCUGAACUCAGUCACAGAGUGCGUCCAGAAGCACCUGCUAACGUGAACUCUAUCGUCCAUGCCUGGUAUGCCACUGUGCUUUGGCAGUGGAAGUACAGCACCUAUUCCUCACUGGCUCUUGUCUGCGAGGUAGAGCUUAGCUCCCAAGGCUAUAAAACAACGCAUACCUUCUCUGGUGUGGGUCUGCGGUCGGUGGAUCUACCAGACCUGUAUCCUGAUGAGGAUUACAGUGUUCAAGUCCGCUGCAGUGCCCAGCAGAAUUUCUGGAAGUGGGGAGACUGGAGUAAACCAUUUUUCUUCAAAACCAAAACUUAUGUUCCAGAGGCUCCUGAUGUGUGGAUGUGGAUGAACAGAGACAACACUGGGCAGGUCAUAUGGAAGCCUCUGACUCGAAGACAGAGCCGCGGUCAGAUCACAGGUUAUAAAGUAACUUUCUGGAGCCCUGAAGAAAAUCAACAGCACACAGAAAUGUUUUCACCGGAUACUACUGCUGCUCCAAUCAACCUCACACAGUUUGCUACCUUCAGUGGUAACAAGAUCAAAGCAACCGUCAUUGCAGAGAACAAUGAAGGGGAGUCUCAACCCGCCAGUGUACUUAUACCUCUGCGUUUGACAGAUGUGGAACCCCUCGUUGUGUCGAGGGCAGUUCAUACAGACAGUGGUUUUCCUCUGUUCUGGUGGAAAGAUGUCAACUCCACCUGUGGUUAUGUGGUAGAAUGGCAUGAGGCCUCCUGCAAGUGGGACUGCCCUGUGGAGUGGAUCAAGGUGGCUGCUAGAAACACUAAUGUCACCGUUGAGUCAGCCAACUUCCAGCCAGGUGUGAGGUACAACUUUUCCCUCUACAGCUGCUCCUCAGAGGCCCCAGAGCUGCAGCAGCGCUGGCAGGGAUACAUGCAGGAGCUGGUCCCUUCCGGUUCUGUAUCAUUGUCAGCCAGUCAACAGGACUCUAAUAUUCUCCUCACCUGGGGAGAGAUCCCGCUGGUCAAAAGAAGAGGCUUCAUCCAGGGCUACAAUGUUUACAUCAGUAAUGGCUCCCAGCUCGCACUUCUAGCCAAUUUGUCAUACCAAGGAGCCAGGAACUACACAGUAAAAGGUUUCUCUGAGGGUUCCUAUAAAUUUACUGUAAAGGCAUACACCUCAGCAGGCGAGGACACAGGCGCCACUGCCUCCAUAAUGUUGGAGCUAUACACUGAUUGGCUGAUCCUGGAAAUCUUGGCUUCACUGGGAAUCACAGCCUUAUUCCUCAUCAUUGUCACGUUUAUUUGCUACAAGAAAAGGAAAUGGGUGAAAAAGGCGUUCUAUCCAGACAUACCUGAGCCCAAGCUUCCUGGUGAUUGGGCCAGGACACAGGGGCCGUUGGAUGUGAAGCCAUCUCCCCACAGUAUGGUCCAUAUUGUAGAAAAGCCAGAGUGGGAUUCCAGUAAAGAAAUGCUCGUCGUCAUUCCUGAAGAAGACGAGGAUGAAGAAGGGCAGGGGAUAGGAGACGAGCCAGUCGACACAGAUGAGCCAACGUCACUACGCUACUACAACCAUGUGGUAGACGAGCGGCCCAUAAGACCACGUUACCCAGACUCCUCUACGUCUUCUGCAUCAUCUUUGGAUUCAGCACGCACCGAUGUGACGUACACAGGGAUUCAGACCUCAGGGUCUUCUUUGGUCUUCCAGCUGGACCCACAGGGCUUCUCUGAGGGCCACCAACCCCAAACUGAUCAGUUUGCCAGCUGUGUGGGUGGAGGAGGGGGUUACAGGCCCCAGAUGCAAACAAGAGCCCAAAGUGAUGACAUGCGCCCGGCUUCACCCGAGCCUUUCCUAGAUCCCCAGGUUGCCAGUGGCGGGGGCUACAAACCCCAGAGCUCCUGGAAUUUUGACGUGGAUGCCGGGGAAAGUUGCGGCCUGGCACCCUCUCUUGGAUCCCCCACCUCUGUUGCUUCUACACAGUUCCUCCUCCCUGAUGAAGAGGAACACGGGGAGGAGAAACGACAGCUGUCAUCAUCGGCAGCCACCUGGUUCACCAACCUGCUGUCAUCCACAAAACCGUGAUAUUAUCUCAGUCACACUACUAGCCGCCAGGCCAGGGGGAUCAAAAUACAACGUUCAGACAGUGUCAUGCAUCAGACAUGCUUUACCCACAUGGUGUAGGUAAAUAUCCCCUCUAAAGUAGCACUACUUUCUUACAGUUGCACUUGGACAGCAGGUUAAUUAUGCUAUUUAUGGUUUUUAUUCCAAACUUACAGACCUAUGUAUAUAGUUAAUUUACUCAUGCAAAUAUCAAAAAUAUCAAAAUCUGUAUAUUUAUAUGUCAAAAAACAUUUCUAUUCUGACAACAAAUCUCUUCAAAAGAUUUCUUUAUACUUCCACUAUAUUUAUUGCACCCCCUGGAAACCUGGUGGCUGUUACUUCCCCUCACUGCCUUUUCUGUGAUUCCCUAUGAUGGGCAUUUAUCAUUGGCAUAUCCUGUGUUUCAGUUAAGUACAUCUAGAUUUUAGCUUGCCUUUCAGAUGUUUUUUACUUUAUUGUGACGUGAACUUUACUACACUACAGAAGAAAACGGAAAGGAAGAAAGUUUCAAACCAAAUGACUGCACAUUGCAAAGAUUAAGGACAUUUUUGGAAGAUCACUACAGAAGAACAGUUUCAACAGAAGGUAGCUACGUAGGAAGAAAACCUCUCUCUCAUUAGUGUCCAUGUCUUCUGCUGAUGAUCUAAUUAAUGUAAAAAAGGUGUUUGGCUAUAAAAAAUGAUUUGAAAGGUAUAUAAAGAGAGCACUCUCCUGGAUCAAUACCAAGAUAGCUCCUAUCCUUACAGACAUGAUCUAUUUUUCACAAAUUACUUGUCAGUGAGAUGUUAAUUGAAAAAUGCACUUAUGAACGUGAGCAGAGAGAGACAGUCAUUAUUUUACACAAUUACAAGAAUGGUGCUUUCUAUUAUGGUCUGGAAUUGUGUGGCUGAUGAGCCCAGUGGAUAUACACUGAUAUAAGCUAGAACAUGAAUACAAACUGAUGUAAUUUAAUUAACACAGACACUAUUAUGUUACUGAUGCAUGUUUUUGUUUGGUCUUAAUUUUUCAUUUUUUUUUGUUAAGAAACGCAUUUCACAGUCAGGCCAGUGUCCUUUUUUUGAUGUAAUGUUUUUGUAUCUUUAACUGGAUGGAACAUCUUAUGAGAAGUAGGGUAAUUAUGAGAUUUCCAUGAUAAAUGUAAUGCUUCCAGUAAUUUUCACCGCAUCACCUUUCACACAUUGCCUUCCUCCUAAUGGUUAUGUAUAAUGAGAAAGAAUAUUUUACAGUAAUGCCGUUCAGAACUGAUCAGAAAUGUAUUGGACAUACAGAUUCCACUGACACUGACCGCAGUGUACAAAGGAUGUUUUAAUCCGUUUUAGUACGUGCUGAAAUUCCUAAACUUUGGUUGCAUCAUAAUUGCCAUGCUGUUACUAUGAGCCAUCUCAGUAUAUUUGUAUGCAUGUGAAGAAUUAUUUUUCUUGGGUUGCUUUAAUUUCAUGUCCAGAGAGAUGGCUGAUAAUACAUUUGAUGUCAAUUUGCUGUGCUUGGUAGCUUGUUUAUUUUUAAGGAGAACACUACAUUUAAAGUAUGUUUUUUUUAUUUUUUAAAUGCGACUACUUAUCUUUUCAUUGCAAAUGUUUUCCUAAGCCUCCUUGUAAAUUUUGUGAUUGGAAACUGGGACCAACGGAAAAGCAUUUAUUAGGAUUUAUAGAGAAUUUCCAGAAAUGCCAUCAAUUUAACUUUUGUUGACAAAAAUGAGAGGAAGUGACCUUGUUAGUAUUGGUCGCUUGACAGCACUUCUGCAUCUCCAUAAGAGUGUCAAACAGAGGCCAUUAAUCACCCAAGUACACAGUCCUCAUACAUUUGCACCACACUGUUGUGUACAGAGUGGGUGUUGAGGAUGCACCGUUGGUUAGGUUUCCCAAAAGCAUCAUUAUGCAAAUAUUAUCCAGGAUGUUUAUUUUAUUACACAGUCAGGCCCUGGCUCGCUUGUGUCCUGUGGCCUAUUGUUUCUCAGUGCCUCCAGCCAACAAGCUUUAAGUAAAACUACUGUGACAUGAAUGAUGACUUAGAUUAACUAUAAUCAAUGGCUUCACUAAUGAUCUGAUAACAGGCAGGCAGUCCUCUUUGACUACUGAGCAAAUUGUAUCCCUUCUUUCUCUUUGUCUUGUAACACUGAUCUGAAUUUUAACUUGAUAAGUAAUUUGUCAAAAGCUACACUUGCACCAGUUGAUCUGAGUAAACAGUGAACCAGUCAGAUUUAUUGCGUGAGAUCAGUGAUCACUUCAAGACAGCGGUAAAGGGUGGGUAUAGUUUUGAGUAUUUAAACAUGGCUGCAGAUUGUUUUCCUUUGAAGCCUGCUUCCUCAAACAAGCAGGACUUUGGAGACUAACCUAUGAACGCUAUGUGUUACAUGCUUUUAUGUUGAUUUGGAUCAACAAAAUGGCACCUUUUUUAUUUUUCCUCUAAAUCUUUGUUUUAUACAACUAACUGUACAUAAUUGUCAAUUUCUUUAAUUUGUUCCCUUCUUACAAUAUAAAAUUGUAUGUUGUUUUACAUUGUAAAUUAUAUUCCCUAUACUACAACAGGCAGAGUUAAUGCUGACUAACCAGCUUUCUUGAGAGAAUAAAGGCAAAUGUUUGUGUUGAUGACACCAGAUAUAUAGAGUCCUAUGAAAUAUAGAGGCAUCACACUGUACAUUUGUGUGUUUAAACACAUGGAAUCAUUUUUAAAUGUGUCUGAAAAACCAUGUAAACUGAAUUAGAAUUGUGAUCCUGUCUUCUUAUGAUAGUUUAGCCUGCUUUGCAUUCCUAUCUUAUCACGGCAGUGUCGCUUUGCCAGACACAUUGUAAGUAGGGCCAGAGUACCCAACAUGCGCUCAUACAUGGCAAAUGCUGACAUGCAAUUUUCUAUUCAAUCCAUACCUUUUUUCCCCUUGUCCAUCCUUAUUUUUAAUUGGAGCCUAUGUUUACUCUGUAGAACAUUACGAUGUUGUGGUUUAUACAGAAGGGUACACUUGCUGCCUUACACAUCUUCAUCUCUGGCCCUAGAUGUUUUUAUGAAAUCAAUGCAUGCUGUAUAAACUAUUACUAAAAAACAGUGGCUCGUAAAUCCUUUUAACACCAUGUUUAUGUUACCCUAUGGCUUUAAAACGCUGACACUGACUAAUGUUGUGCAUGGCAACAGGACUGAAGUAUUAUGCACCUGAAAAAGGCUUUUGUUUCUGAAAAAUUUAUGAUAUUUUGCAGAAUAUUUUACUAUUGAUUGAAUGAAAAGAGACAGUGAAGUGCUUUUCUGAGUGAAUAAAUGUUAACACUAAUAACAGAAAUUGAAAUGCUACUUGUUUAAAGGCAAUAAAGCUAUUUGUCUGGCA